AUGGUGGUGUUCGCUCUGCCCCGCGGGCGCCUCUUCCCCUUCCUGCGCCCCGCAGCGGGGGUCCGUGCCCCGCUGCCGCCCUGCGCCGCUUUCACACGUGACCCGGGCCCUCUGCCUCCGCCCUGGCUCGGCGCAGAGCGCAGCAGCGUCGCAUCGUCUCUGCAGAGGGACGCGGAGCAGGCAGGCGCGGCCACCCCGCAGCGGGCGAGGGAUGGGGGCGAGGGGCAGCCUGGGGCGGUGGCGGCUGCUGCUGCCGGCUGGCCCUCCUUCUGCCUGGCCCGGCCAUCAGUCAUCGGGGGACACGAGGCCAGACCCCACUCCAGGCCCUACAUGGUGUCCAUCCAGUUCGGGGGGGUUCACAUCUGCGGGGGAGCGCUGCUGCACAAGCAGUGGGUGCUGACGGCCGCCCACUGCUUCCAUCGGAGGAUGGCGGCCGCUGGGAAGGUGGUGGUGGGGCUGCACAACUUGUCGGACCGCGGGGCGGCCACGCAGACCGUGCCCAUCCGGGUGGCCUGUCCCCACCCCAACUACAACCACCAGACCUUGGAAAACGACCUUCUCCUGCUCCAGCUGAGGGAGACGGUGAAGCUGAGCAGGACCCGGCAGCUCAUCAGGGUGCGGAGGCGGGAGCCGGCGGCAGGGGCGGCGUGCAGCAUGGCGGGCUGGGGGAUCCGCGAGCACGGAAGGCUCUCGCCCACGCUGCAGGAGCUGGAGGUCACGGUGCUGGACACGCGGAUGUGCAACAACAGCCGCUUCUGGCACGGCGACAUCACCUCCACCAUGAUCUGCUUCCAGGGACGCCGCAGCGGCUCGGCACCCUCCCAGGGUGACUCCGGGAGCCCCUUGGUGUGCGGGAAUCGGGCAGGGGUGGCCGGCGUGCAGUCCUUCACCAGCAAGAAACUUGCCGACCCUUUCAAGCCGCCCGUCGCCACCUCGGCUGUGAAGCACAAGAAAUGGAUCCAGCAAACGCUGCGGAGGGGCCGCAGCUGCCCCCAGCCCGGCCACGCGGGACAGACAGACCACCCCCUCCUAUUUACACAGGUUGGCUUUUAA